GUGAGCUGGCUGUACAGGGAAAAAGCCACAGCCUUGUUUGCUGGAUAUGGGAGGACCCAGAGCACCAGUGACGCCCCAGCAUUGUCCCCUGCCCUGUUAAACCAGACAGGAAAGAGGCAGCUGUGGUGAGGCAACCAGGAGGGAGUGCAGGACCAUGGCGACCUACGUGCAGCUCAACACCACUGCCAAAAUGCCCCUCGUGGGGCUGGGCACCUGGAAGUCUGGAGCUGGGCAGGUGAAAGCUGCAGUGACGGCUGCCAUCGAUGCCGGGUACCGCCACUUUGACUGUGCCUACGUGUACCAGAAUGAGAGUGAGGUUGGGGAAGGGAUCCAGCAGAAAAUCAAGGAAGGUGCUGUGAAAAGAGAAGACCUCUUUGUUGUCAGCAAGCUGUGGUGCACCUUUCAUGAGAAGCAUCUGGUGAAGGGAGCCUGCCAGAAGACUCUUGCUGACCUGAAGUUGGAUUACCUGGAUCUCUAUCUCAUCCACUGGCCUUUUGGCUACAAGGCUGGAGAGGAAUUUUUUCCCAAAGAUGACAAAGGCAUGGCCAUACCCAGCAACAGUGAUCUUCUACAGACGUGGGAGGCCAUGGAGGAGCUGGUGGAUGCUGGCCUGGUAAAAGCCAUUGGAGUCUCCAAUUUCAACCAUGAGCAGAUUGAAAGGAUCUUGAACAAGCCAGGACUGAAGCACAAGCCUGCAAAUGUCCAGAUUGAAUCUCAUCCAUACCUCACCCAGGAGAAGCUGAUCAAGUACUGCCAGUCCAAAGGGCUGGCUGUGACUGCAUACUGUCCCCUUGGCUCUCCUGACAGACCAUGGGCUAAGCCCGGGGAUCCUUCCCUGCUGGAUGACCCCAAGAUCAAGGAGAUUGCAGCCAGGCACAAUAAAACCCCAGCACAGGUUCUCCUUCGCUUCCAGAUCCAGAGAAAUGUGAUUGCCAUUCCCAAAUCCGUCACCCCGCAGCGCAUUGUGGAGAACUUCCAGGUGUUUGACUUUGAACUGACUAAAGAGGAGAUGGCAACUAUCCUGACCUUCAACAGAAACUGGAGGAUCUGUGAAAUGAACGUGUCCAAAAAUCUCAAGGAAUACCCUUUCCAUGCAGAAUACUGAAGGUGUUUGUAACAUGGCCUUCAUUAGACCUCUGGUGUCAUCUCCCCUGGUGCUGCCAGUGAAGGCAUGGGAUGAUUAUCCCAUAACAUUUGGGGUUUUUGGAAGAAAGAAAUAAUGUUUUCUACAGCACCACUAUUCACUGGUUGCCUUCAGUCUUGCAUCAGCAGAAACCAGAUGUUGACAAACACACCCCACAGAUCCACAAUUUCAUCAGAGGUGUCACGCAUUUUAAAUAAAAUUAACUUUAAAAUGCAAAAAACCUAAUUGGUGGGAAGUUUCCUGUCUACUGUGGGAAAAACCCCAAACCCUCGCAGCCAGAGAUGCACAGAGGGGUGGGGUGCAGUCACCUGCUCUGUGGGGACACAGAUCCUGCCUGGGACACUCAGCAUUUUCCCCUGCCAUCCCUCAGCACCCACCUUGUGCCCCCCUCACCAGCCACAGCCCUGGUUUUAAUAGACAAAUAAAAGAUUUAUUACAGAGCUUCCAAAAAAAAUAAUAAUAAUAAUGAGGAGACACAGAGAGAUUGGUGGGACCUCGGAGGAUGCUCCUGGCUUGAUCUGAACUCACUGCAAGAAAGAGGCCAAUGUCUUAAAAUGAGAUUAAAUCUCUACCCCCAUUUUAUUCCUGCCUUAACAAGCAUCUGGAAGCUGAAUGCACACCAUUCAGCAAUGUAAACUUUCUGUUCCAA